AUGGUCAGCUCCUGUUGUGGCUCCACUUGUUGUGGUCCAAGCUGUGGCUCUGGCUGCUGUGGGUCCUGCUGCUGCAGGCCCAGCUGCUGCAUAACUAGCUGCUGCCAGCCCUGCUGCCGCCCCAGCUGCUGCCAGCCCUGCUGCCUCCCCAGCUGCUGCAUUUCUAGCUGCUGUCGCCCCAGCUGCUGCCAACCUUGCUGCCGCCCCAGCUGCUGCAUUUCUAGCUGCUGUCGCCCCAGCUGCUGCCAACCUUGCUGCUGCCCCAGCUGCUGCAUUUCUAGCUGCUGUCGCCCCAGCUGCUGCCAACCUUGCUGCCGCCCCAGCUGCUGCAUUUCUAGCUGCUGCCAGCCCUGCUGCCGCCCCAGCUGCUGCAUUUCUAGCUGCUGCCAGCCAUGCUGCCGCCCCACCUGUUGCAUUUCUAGCUGCUGCCAGCCCUGCUGCCGCCCCACCUGCUGCCAGACCACUUGCUGUAGAACCACCUGCUGCAGACCUGCCUGUUGUGGGUCAUCCUGCUGUUGA